AUGUUGGAGGCGAACUUUUCUAUCCAGGGGUACAACCUGGUGAAGUUGCUGAAGCGAUUGGAAGACGCAACGGCACGGCUGGAGGACGUGACAAUCUACCAAGAGGGCUACGUGCAGUCGAAGAUGGGCAGCGCAGCAGGACAGACGAGCAUGGGGUCGCAGGUGAGCGCGGAGGGCGGCGCGGCGGCGGAGGCGCCGGCGCACAUGCAGGAGUACGAGCAGCUGGUGGACGAGUGGGUGCGGCCGCUGGUCGGGGCAGGGCAGCAGAUUGACGCGGCGGUGGGCGAGGCGUCGCAGCAGCUGCUGGAGGGCUUCGCGGCGCAGGGCACGCUUCUGCGGGCGGCAGCGCUGGCGCGCAAGCCGGAGAUGGGGUCGGAGGGCUUCAUGCGGGCGCUGGGGCCGCUGAACGAGCGGAUCAUGACGCUGGGGGCGCUGAAGGACGCGCAGCGGCAGUCGCCGUACUUCGCGUACCUGAGCGCGGUGGCGGAGGGCGCGCCGGCGUUCGGGUGGAUUGCGUCGGAGACGCCGGUGUCGCUGAUCGGCGACUUCAAGGACGCGGCGCAGUUCUGGACGAACCGCGUGCUGAAGGAGUUCCGCGAGAAGGACGCGAACGCGGCGGAGUGGGUGCGUCUGUUCCUGGGCACGUUCGACGCGCUGCGGGGCUACGUGAAGGCGCACCACGCAACGGGGCCGACGUACAAGAGCGACGGGGUGGACUUCAUGGAGGCCUUCGAGCAGGUGUCGGGCGUGGUGGCGGCGGAGCCCGCUGCGGCGGCGGGGGCACCCCCGCCGCCGCCCCCGCCGCCGGCCUCUGUGUUCCAGGCGCCUGCGGACGGCGGCUCGCAGGGCAUCAACGCGGUGUUUGCGGAGCUGAACCAGGGCGAAAACAUCACGCGCUCGCUGCGCAAGGUGGACCGCUCACAGCAGACACAUAAGAACCCGGAGCUGCGCGCGGCGUCGUCCGUGCCAUCCUCCGCAGGCUCGCGCACGCCGCCGCCCAAGCCGCGGAAGCCGACCACUCUCAAGACGCGGAAGCCGCCCAGAAAGGAGCUCGUCGGCAGCAAGUGGUUCGUCGAGAACUACGACGGCGAGGCGGACCCCAUCAUCAUUGAGACGAACAAGGACGAGUCCGUUUUCAUCGGCCGUUGUAACAAUAUCUUUAUACAGCUCAAGGGCAAGGUCAACGCGGUGACCAUCAGCGAGAGCCAACAUUGCAACCUCUUGCUCGACUCCUCGAUCAGCGGCGUGGAUGUGAUCAAGUCGGAACGCUUUGCCAUCCAGGUGGCUCAGCAGAUCCCGCAGAUCACCAUAGACAAGAGCGACACUGGUGUCAUCUACUUGAGCAAGGACUCGCUUCAGACAGAACUUUUCACGUCAUCCUCGACCUCCAUCAACGUCAACAUCCCAACAGGGGAUGACGGCGACUUUGAGGAACACCCUAUUCCAGAACAAUUGAAACAUACGUUCAGUAAUGGCCGCCUGAAUAGUGCUAUUUUCGAACAUGUAGCUUGA